AUGGCGUCUUCCAUCGUGGAACAGCCCAAUGCCGCGCAGGACUCGGGACUUGCUGAGCGCGUUGUGUUGGAUCAAUAUGAAGUCGAGUCUGGACUGCACAAUCGAACCGAGGGGAUUAUUCAAGCUCCGUUGAUUCAGAAUAUCCUGUCCCAACUCGAUGGGGUGUUCCCAUUUGAUGAGGCAGUCAUCGAAGCUUUGCCCAAAGAUGUCACCUUCACCUCGGUCGAGAGUUUUGGCACCAGUGCAUGGACAGUGACUGGGAGAGUGACGGCUCAGAGAGCCGACGGGUCCAUACAGCGCUUCUUUCUCAAGGUUGCUUACGGGGAGCAUGGUCGUCUGAUGCUUGGGGGCGAGCACGUAUCGUCCAAGAUGAUUUAUAGCGUCAAGCCUGACUUCAUUCCCACACCAUAUGGCUAUGGACGUUAUAAAGUCCAAAGCCCGGACACCUACUUCUACCUCUCUCAGUUCAUCGACAUGGACGUAACGACUGCACCCGAUCCUGAAGACCUGAUGGGCAACCUCGCUGAGCUGCACAAGAACAGCCAGUCGCCUACCGGCAAAUUCGGCUUCCCCGUCACAACCUACGAUGGCAACAUCCCACAUCGUGUCACUUGGGAGAGCAAAUGGGUCGACUUCUUUCGCAACCUUUUCCUGCAUGCCUGCAGCCUCGACGCCGAAGUAAACGAGCCCUGGCCCGAACUCGAGCUCGCUGUCCGCCAGAUGGGUGAUGCCGUGAUUCCGCGGCUGCUAGGCAAUCUGCGCCAGAGUGGCAGUGAUGAGCCUGUAAAGCCGUGCCUGAUCCAUGGUGAUUUGUGGGAGGGAAAUCGCGGCAUCGACAUGGAGACGGGCGACAGCGUUGUGUAUGACGCUAGCUCGUACUUUGCACACAACGAGAUGGAGUUUGGAAAUUGGAGAAGUGAAUUGUGCGUUGUUCCACUUUCCCCAGACGAUCUUAUUGCCAGGUUAAAUGGGCAGCUUGCUUACAAAGACCUUUCUAGAAACACCUUCUUUCGCUCAAAAACCUAUAUGGCUCACUAUCUGAGGCGCUUUCCAGCUGCAGAACCUGUCGAGGAGUUUGAUGACAGGAACAGACUGUAUAGUAUCAAAGUCGCUAUCAACUACUCAGCUAUGCGGCCUGGAAGUAUCAGAAGAAAGACAGCUUAUAAUAACAUGUGCUACCUCAUUCACAAGUAUGCACCUAUUGAAGGCGUCGAGCAGUAUGAUCCGCGUUCAGAUCCGUUUGUUACUGGCGCUCAUUUCCAAGUUUAUUCAAGCUCGGACUGA